UGACAUGUGACUAUAAAAAGAAGUUGUAAUGUUUCACAAAUAAUAUAUAGGGGAUUUUGGUGAUUAGAAGCUACACUUUAGAUGGAUUGGAGCAGCUCUUAUAAAAGAGCAAACCCAUGUCCGAGAAAAAUAAGUAAAACCCUAAUAGCAUUGAAACAGAGAAAGAGGAAAAUGGUUUUCUUGCCAGAUGAUCUCUGUGCAGCAAUAUUAUCGAGACUACCGAUAAAAGUCUUCACAAGUUUUAAACUGGUUUGCAAGCAAUGGAACUCAGUCGUUGAGUCUCAGAUUUUCCGCGAUCUUUUCAUAUCUCAACACCAAAACACUCAAUCUUCAUCAUGGUCGCUCAUUAAAGGUGCAUCUAAUAGGACAGAGUUCUUGGCUCACUACAGAUGCAAAACUUGGGGACUUCAACGGUCUCUAGAGUCUUACAUCUCCUCUUUCAUUAGCUACAAGUUCGAGAACCAGAGAGGAAAGUACCGACGAGGCAGCGUCGUGGCUUACAGCGAUGCAGGGUUUGUUUUGAUCGACGUAUCGUCUUACAGAUAUUCUGGGUCGACUUUCGAGAAACGAUCCUUGUGCGUGGCUAAUCCAGUUUCACAGGAAUGCAUUGAAAUCGAUGUUCCUAAAGCGUUUGAAAAUAGUGGAAUUUUCUGGCCUUUUGGAAUCGCCACACGAACUGAUAACGGCGACGUUAUAAGUUAUAAAAUUGUUGCAUAUUCAUCUAAUAGCGAUGUUGGGUACUUAGUAUAUUCAUCUGAGACAGGUUUGUGGAGUCCUCUCCCUUAUAAUUUUGAGAGCUGUGAGUGUAACUAUACAAUUAGCUUGAACGGGAAUCUUCACUGGCUAUCCCGCAAUAAUGAUGAACUUGUAUCCAUGGAUUUCAACGCCACUACCAUGGAGGCUGGUCCGUUCCGUUACACGGCUUUCCCUGAUUUAGAAAAACGUGUCAAAUUCAAAAGAGCUUGCACAACUUAUCAAGGAAGUCUCAUGUAUAUGAACAUAGUCUCCCAAGACAAUGAUGAUGGAAGUGUAGACCAUAAGUUAUGUGUAUGGCGGCUCGAGAGCUGGGAGUGGCAACUAAUAUCUGAAAUCUCUACGGAUUUGACUGAGACCUACUUCGAUUAUUUUCCGUUGAGAGUUGACUCUCUUGAUGCUACAACAGCCUACUUUCUUAGCCAGAAGCACCAACGUUUUAUAGCUUUUAACUUACGCAAUGGUGCGUGUUUGCUCAGUGCGUGUUUGCUCCACAGCGGUGGGCGCAUUCUGAGAUUUCUUCACUACCCGGAAGGAUCUUAUUUUACUCAUUCGUUCUCCCACAAUGGCUGUAUCGGUUACCCAGGCAGCACGGUGAGAAGAGUGUAGACAUUAUUUAAGAGCCUGAAUAAUUGUUUCCUAAGGUUUUUUUAUUAUUAUUACUGUUAGUUCUUUAUAUGAGAAGUUGUAAGAUGGUGCUUUUUUUAGUGUUUGGUUUGAAUGCAAAAAUAUUGGAAGAAAAUGGGUGGAGCAUAUAUAUAUUGUAGGUCUGAUUUCUUGAUUCGUUGAAGAUAAAACAUAUGAACCUUACACUUUUAUCCUUAGUUCGUAUAAAGAUAACAGAAUAUAAUUGAGACAGAGCACAUGCAAGGUAAGAUCAAAGUUGGCUUGCAGACGAGUGGAGGGAGCUAUACAAAGAUUUUUAGGAAAAACAAAAAAAACAGACCAAGUAAACAUCUAUUAGUCAACAAAGCAUUUUCAUUCCACUUCGCUCAACUCAUUAAUCCAAAUUUUCAAUUCCAACAAUUCACCUUGCAAUAAACUGCUAGGGAUCAACAUGACGUUCUCUUUUGGGAUUUGAUAGCUCAUAUGAAGAAUCCUUUUCACCUCUGGCUCUGGUGAUUUGUAAAUCACUUGAAUAGUUCUGCAUCUUGCGUCUGUCAUGCAGUUAAAAACUAAGUAAAUCGAUGUCAAGAACUGAUAGGAUGACGUGGAAGGGCUAGAGCUAAGGGAAGACUCUAGAUGGGCGAGAGGCUUUGCCGUUAGAUCUCUGAAACAGGAAGAAGACGGGAGUAUGUAUAAAAGGGGAGCUUGAGAGAUGUUUAGGAUCAUGCUUGAAGUUGUAAUUGGUUAGACGUAUGAGUCUAGACCCGAUCGAUAUGAGAUCGGUGAUUCAAGAUGCGCUCGCUAUGAGAGUGUAGAUUGAGUCAAGCCUCACCUCUCCGGUGUGCAGUGCUUCUCACCAUCACUGGGAAAAGACUCACCUAUGCGUUCUUGUUUUUCUUCACCUUCUUUUUCUGGGAGAUUAUCUGGUAUCUGUUAUAGAUCAGACAAGCAUAUUAGUUCCAUGUUGUGCGGCUGUUUCUUACGGCGUUGUAUGUUAUUUCGGUCAAUAUUGGUCUUUUCUUUUCUUAGGUUUUGGCUGAGGUUAGAAACUACAUCUCGUUGGAUUGACUUAGAGUUUAGUUGUCAUUGAUGUUGUUUUCCUCGUCGCUGGUUUGCCGUCAAUAGUAUCUGCUCGUCUUGGUUUUCAAGAUCUCGUUUUUGGUGAUUUGACUUCUAUGCUCAUUUUCAUAGCGUUCGAGGAUUGCUCCACGGUGUGGUUUGUUGAUUUCAUUUUGUCUCUUUUUAUCUCUUUGUUCUCUCAUCUCGUUGCACCUUUCAUCGCUGAUCACGUCUCAUGUGGCUCUCCCUUUUCCCAUAUUUGCUACUCCAGGUUUUGAUAGUGUUUUUCUCUGUGUAUGCUUUGUGCGCCUGGAAGUUUGUUUAUGGUCUCAAGCUUAAGUUUUGGUUUCUCGGUGGUUGGUUUUCAUUCUCCUCCACUCAGGUUGUUUAUCUUCUUCUCAUGCAUUCUUUGGUGUAGGUGUGCAGAGUUAGUCUUUUGGAGCUUUGGUUUCUUCUAUUCAGAGUUUUGUGGCUCUUCGCUUGCAUGAGUGCUUGUAUGUGCUUGAUUAGUUUGUUUGGUGUUUUUUAUCUCUUAGCUGGUGGUUGUGCUUCUGGUGCUUUAGACAUGCAUCUUUUUGUUUCGUGGUGACUUUGUUCUUCCGAUGAUUAUUCUUUCUCUGAUCCGUUUUUUUGGUUUUUGCGCUGGUGCUUGAUCGCAAUCCUUUGUGUUCCGGAGAUUUUUUUUUUGUCUCAUAUUUUAUCUUUUUAUUUUUUCUCACAUCUGCUAGUUUUAGCCAAGACAUUCUAUGGUAAGAUGAGAUAGAUUAGUCUUCUUUGUUGAUCUUUUUUCAGCUUCAAACCUUUAUUGAGUUAGUGUUACUAUGUUAUUUUGUUUUCUCUCUCUCGUUGGGGAAGUUUUAUAUUUAGAUUACGUAUUACAGUCUAAUUUUUCUUAUAAGUUUGGUCAUUUUAUAUUUUUAAUAGUUAAAUAAAUAUAUAAUUUGUAAAUUAAAUAAUAAAAAAUGGUAAAAAAACAAAAAAAAACAUUUAUGCUAUUUUAGUUGUGAAUAAAUUAAAUAUGUAAAUAUAUUUCUAUUAUUUUAUUUAUUUCUUUAUUCAUUUUGAUUUUUAGUGAACAAUAAAAUAGAUUAUCAAACUUCAUACGAUAAUAGUUAGUGCAAAAAGGAUUAGAUAGUUCACGAUUAGAAAGUACUUGGCCAAAUUACAAUAAUCUAAAAGAAGAAGGAUCUAAAUGUAAAAAAAAAUACAUGGAUGACACAAAAGCCUCAUGCCACUUGUCAGAAGAAGAGAA